AUGCUUGCAUGUUACCUUGCAGUCUACGGAUGCCAGCCCCCUGCGACUCAAGAUUGGUCUCAACCCGCCAUGUCAGCCGGGGAGGCCGUCGCUAUGAUCAGGCAGCUUCGGCCAGGAAGCAUCGAGACGGAGGAGCAGGAGAAGUUCGUCCACACCUUUGUGAGCGCAGUGUGGAGGAGGCAGUCGGCGCUGGCCGAGCUGCCAGAGGAGCCCCAGGGGAUCUCGCUGGAGGUGGAGGGGGCAGUGGACGAGAACGCAGACCUGGUUAUCUUGUGCGGCCUCCCUGGCUCAGGGAAGUCACACGUGGCGAAGAUGAUGGCGCUGCGAGACGAGCGAUGGCUGGUGGUGUCUCAGGACGAGGCUCGAUCCCGCGACGCGUGCGAGCAAGAGGUGUCGAGGCCCGGCAAGCACGGCAAGGUCAUCCUUGAUCGCUGCAACCCUGACCGGGAGGACCGCCGGCGCUGGCUGGCGCUGGCGCAGUGGGCGAGGAAGCCGAUCUGUGUGCACUUUGACUACGAGCAACAGCUGUGCGUCGCUAGAGCACAGCAGCGGAUUGACCAUCCCACCCUCACCCCCGGACGUCGCGUGCUGACUGCGAUCGAGGCGAUGGGGAGGAAGAUGGACGCGCCUGGUCUUGACGAGGGGUUCGUGGGGGUCUGCCGCGUGCGGUCCUUGGAUGCCGCCAACGAACUGAUAGGGCGGCUGACGCCGAUGCGGAUCUGCAAGUUC